GAGAAGGAGGAGGAGGAGGAGAAGGAGGAGUCUGGAGGGGAGGUUGCGUGCAGCUGGAGAUCUGCCUGCCCCCAACCCCCUGCUUUUCCCCUCCCCCACUACGCCCCUCCCUCCGUCUCCAGGGAUCCAGGAAAGAGGAAAAGAAAAGGAAGCACAACUGACAGAUGCAUUCAGGAAAAAGGUGUGCAGUGUGUAACUCCUGUGGACCCCUCACCUCCUAGACGCGGUCUCUGUUUUGUUCUCUGUCAAUAUAUAACACCCACAGUGUCUGUGUGUACAUAUGUAGUUAUUUCCAGCCCCUGGUGAUUUAGAUCUGCUCCCAGCUGGCUAUCCAGGACAAAGCUGGGAAGAAGCCUUCCCCUGCUCCUGGCCUAGGAAUCAUAAUGGAGACCUGAAAAGGAGUCAUAAUGGAAUGCCAGCUACUCAGGAUUCCAGGAUAACUUCCUGCUGUGACAUUCCAUAUAUCUCUGGGAGCUCACAGAUCUCACAUUCUGUGAUCUAAGGAUGUUUCCAGCCCUGACAUUCUAUAAUCUAUUAAAAUAAUUAUUGCACUGUGAGGAGAGUACGGCGGCUGGAGGUCUUGGUGGUGACAGAAGCGGGAAUACGAAUUGGCUGCGGGAGGAGACAUGGCCAACAUUGCGGUGCAGCGAAUCAAGCGAGAGUUCAAGGAGGUGCUGAAGAGCGAGGAGACAAACAAAAAUCAAAUUAAAGUAGAUCUUGUAGAUGAGAACUUUACAGAAUUAAGAGGAGAAAUAGCAGGACCACCAGAUACCCCAUAUGAAGGAGGAAGAUACCAACUCGAGAUAAAAAUACCAGAAACGUACCCAUUUAAUCCCCCUAAGGUGCGCUUCAUUACUAAGAUUUGGCACCCUAAUAUUAGUUCUGUCACAGGGGCCAUUUGUUUGGAUAUUCUGAAAGAUCAAUGGGCAGCAGCAAUGACUCUAAGGACAGUAUUGCUCUCAUUGCAAGCUUUAUUGGCAGCUGCAGAACCAGAUGAUCCACAAGAUGCAGUAGUAGCAAAUCAGUACAAACAGAAUCCAGAAAUGUUCCAAGAGACAGCUCAAUUUUGGGCACAUGUGUAUGCGGGAGCGCCACCUACUAGUCCAGAAUAUGCCAAAAAAAUAGAAAACCUGUGUGCUAUGGGAUUUGAUAGGAAUGCAGUAAUAGUGGCCUUGUCUUCAAAAUCAUGGGAUGUAGAGACUGCAGUAGAAUUGCUUCUGAGUAACUGAGGCAUAGAGAGAAAAAUCCUGUUGUAGUCCAGUCUGCCCCCUUUUUCAGGAGUAUCACCAUCUGUUAUUUUUAGAAUUCUGCAUAGAUUCUUUUAAAACUGGUGUUCUUGCCUCAUUAUGUCAGCAUGAUUGAAGACUGAAAAAAACAAACCCUGCUCUGUAAAUAAAGCUAAUUAAAUGUCUGUGUAACUUUUAAAAAAGAAUAAUUGUUGAAUAAUAGUUUAAAUAAUUAACAACUUUAGCACAAUUACAGGAUAUAAAAUAAACCCACAUGAAUCAUUUAUCUGUAUAUAACCAGCAAAACCCAGCAGCAAGAGAUGGUGGGGGGGGGUGGAGAAUUCCAUUUAAAAUAACUGUAGGUAUUAUAAAGUACUUGGGAGUAUACCUGCCAAGACAAACUCAGGAAGUAUAUGAACACAAAGUAUUUUUCACAGAAAUGACAUAAGAUCUAAGGAAUUGGAACAAUAUCAGUUGCUCUUGGAUAGGCUGAGCCAAUGUGAUAUUCUACCUAAGAUAAUUUAAUUAUUUUGUGCUUUGUCCAAUUAUCUUACCAAAAAUUAUUUUAUAGAACUAGAAAUAACUAACAAAAUAUUCUGGAAAAAAAUAAACAAAAGUUUAAGAACAUUAAAAGAAUUAAUGGUAAAACUUGAAAAGGAAGGCAGACUAUUAAUACCAGAUCUCAAACUGUAUUAUAAACUGGUAAUCAUCAAAACUUUCUGGUACUGUUUAAGAAAUAGAGUAGUGAAACAGUGGAAUAGAUUAGAUGCAAAAGACACAGUAGUAAAUGACCAUAGUAAUUCAGUGUUUGAUAAAUGACAAGAACUCCCUAUUGGACAAAAUCUUCUGGAAAACUAUAGAAGAAUCUGUGUAUAGGCCAAUACCUUGUAUACACUAUACCAAGAGAAGCUCAGAAUGGGUACAUGAUUGAGAUAAAAAAUUUGUUUAGAAGAGCAUGAUAUAAUUCUCUGGAAAAUCUCUGGACUAGGGAAGAAUUCAGGACCAAACAAGAGAUAAAGAGCAUUAUGAUACAUAAAAUGGAUUAUUUUGAUGAAAUUCAAUAAAAAGGUUUUUACACAAACAAAACCAAGCAGCCAUUAUUAGAAAGAAAGCAGAAAACUAGGAAACAGUUUUAUAGAACCACCUUAUUUCUCUUAUAGAGAACUAAGUCAAAUUUGUAAGAAAUCCAUCAAUUCUCCAGUGCAUAAUUGAUCAAAGGAUAAGGACAGGCUGUUUUCAGAUGAAGAAAUCAAAGUUAUGCUUAGUCAUAUGAAAAAUGCUCUAAAUCAUUAUUGAUUAGAGAAAUGCAAAUUCAAACAAUACUGAGGUACCCCCUCAAUAUCUAUUAUAUUAGCCAGUAUGAUAGAAAAGGAAAAUGAUAAAUGUUGGAGGGGAUGUAAGGAAAUUGGGACUCUGAUGAGUGCAUUAAAGCUGUGGGUGGAACUUUGAAUUCUUUGAACUUUUCUAGAGAGCAAUUUGGAACUAUGUCCAAAGGGUAAUAACACUGCAGACCCUAUGAUCAAACAAAACUACCAUUAGAUCUGUAUUCCAGAGAGAUCAGAAAAAGGCAAAAAGUAUUUCCCUGUACAAAAAAAAUAGUUACAAUAGUUCUUUUGAUGGUGGCAAAAAAUUGGACAUUGAGGGGAUACCAAUGUGUUGGGGAGUGGCUGAACAAGUUGGUAUAUACAGUGUAAUGGAAUAUAGAUGUGUUGUGUGUAAAAAAAAAAAAAAAGGAGCAGGUCAGAUUUUAGAAAACCUUGGAAAGAUUUAUAUGAACUGGUGAAAAUAGAAGUAAGCAGAGCCAAUAAAAUUUGAUGAACACUCACAGCAGCAUUGUAAGUUAAUCAGCAGUGAAUGACUGAAUUCUUCUCAGCAACAAAAUGGUCUAAGACACAAAUGUAUUAUGAAAAAAAAUGCUAUCCAUAUCCAGAAAAAGAACUGAUAGAUUCUGAGUACAGAAUACAGUGCACUGUUUUCAUAGUUUUUGUUUUUUGUUUUUUGGGGGGUUUUUUGGUCAGAGAAGGGGAGAAAAAGAGGGGGAGGUUAUUUUGUUCUGUUUCUUCUUAAACAACAUGACUAAUGUUGGAAUAUGUUUUAUGUGAUUGCACAAAUAAAGCCUGUAUCAAAUUACUUACAAUCUUAUAGAAGGGAAAAGGGAAGAGGGGGAGAAAAUUCAGAACUCCAUAUUUUUAAAUGUAUGUUAUAUGUAUCUUUCUAUUUAUUUAAAAAUUAAAAUAUUAUUUAAAAAUA